AUGGAUACAUCGCACGAUGAAAUCUCGUUGACGAGGGCAUCGUCUCUGGUGGACUACGCCGGAGAGAAAAUCCACGCCUUCCCCUAUAAGGAUGUCCCCACCUCUUGGAGGCGGUUUUAUACCGACGCCGCUUUGUUGAAAAGUGUGUGCGAAAUUUUUCUGGCAAUUGGCGCCAAAGAUGACAACCUGUGGAAACAAGUCAUCGGAACGUUGGACAUGACUCUGAUAAUGACCGGCGCACCCGGAGAUGGAAGAAGGGAGAUGGUAUUUAAGUUAAUAGAAGAAACGGAAAAAAUAUUGAAGGGGCCCGAUCACUGUUCAAUAAUUAUCUCUUCGCCCAAACCAGUAAUCUCUUUGAAACGUGCCAUCGAUAACGACGGCGAUUCGUCUCAGGACUUGAUCGACAAGAGUGACGCGAAACGGAUAAAAUCAGGUUCAACGGAAAAUGACACCGACGCCCGUGCAAUCCCAAUUAUAAGCAACCCGCUGCAAAAAGUGGCACAGCCCAGUUUGACCACCUUCAAGUCUCAUGUGACCUCAUUUGAUCCAACACCCUUCAUAAUUACCUCCAGCAUAUCACAUUGGCCUGCGCUUUCAACGAGACCUUGGAACACGAAUUAUCUUGUGAAUACAAUUGGGAAAGAGAGAUUGGUUCCGGUGGAAAUUGGAGCAAAGUAUACAGAUGAAAAUUGGACCCAAAAGAUAGUGAACUUUGGUGAAUUUGUCGAAAGAUGGAUCAAGAAUUCAGAUUGUGAAAACGUUGCCUAUCUUGCACAACACGACCUGUUCACCCAGGUCCCCCGUCUCCGAGAUGAUGUCGUGACCCCUGAUUAUUGCUUCGUGGACACCAAUCCCUUGGUCAUAAAUCUCAGUCACGGAGAUGAUGAUGAACAUCCGAGAAACAUCCGAUACACUCCCCCGCAAGAUGUAAUCACGAACGCUUGGUUUGGUCCCAAAGGUACCAUCUCGCCGAUGCACACUGAUCCUUAUCACAAUCUAUUGGCGCAAGUGGUUGGCCGGAAAUACAUUCGAUUAUACUCGCCUAGCGAAACCUCCAAAGUGUACCCUUUCGAGAAAGAUGGCUUCCUGAACAACACCAGUCAGGUUGGUUCUGCUUGUUUGGCGUUAUGA